CACUCGAUUCCUGGGUGAGUGAGUGAGUGUGCUGAGAAUAUUGCUACCAGAGCCACAGUCAGUCGGACUCUGUGCCCUAUUCUAUUCUAUCAUUUUUCCAAUUGACCCAACUACAAUUAGACUUUACAGUUGAAAUAAAUCCGCACCGGUUUUAAUUAGGAGACGCAUUAUCGAAUUAGCCUGUUUGGUUGGUGGUCUGGGUGGAUCAAUUCGAGGUCCUCCUCCAACCAAGCCAGCAGGUUUGUAGGAUAAAUUUUGUAUAAAAACGUCAUAUUACGACGUCUAGGAAAAGGAAAUCAAAAACUUUUCUAAAUAACUGAUUAAAGGAAUCGGAUUAGUGAAGUUGUAUAUAAAACGCCGAUGCCUGACCCGACCGGUUGCUCGCUUACUGAUUGAUUGUUUUGAGAAUCAUGAUGACGGAGGAACUCCGGAAUGAUGGGACUAAUGUUGACCUGCCCAUCGAGGAGGCCGGUGGAGGUAAUACGAUUGUUGGAAUUGCGUACCAUGAAAAUCUGAACGUCAUUCUUGUUGGGACGGGAGAUGGGAAGUUCUACGUUGUUGACCCUACUCUCCGGGACGUCCUCUACUCUACGACCACCCGUGACCAGCCCAUCACAUCAGCUGGCACAUCACCACCCACUAGACGUGAUUGGAGUUUUGGUAUUGGUCUUGAUAAAGUAAUCGUGGUGGAAGAGAACUUUGUGGGGAUUCGCAGCGAGUAUAAUGGAAUUCUCCUCCUGGGUUCGGUCCUCCAGGGACAAGUCAAAUCUUCAAAGGACAUUGUCCAGAUUGAGCUCAACAAGUCAGAGGCGGAAAGUUUGUCCCAUUCACUCUCAGCAUUGGAGACAAACGACGCAGAAAUAUCUUCUGUACAUAACCAGUUAAAGUCAUUAAUGAGUAAAGAAGUGGAGACAGGGUCGCCAUUGUUGUGUGGAAAGAUGGAAAAGUGGAACACAGUCAAGUUGCAGUUGCCCCAUUAUCUAAUCAAGAACUGCGUCCAAUCGCUGGUUACCGACCUGGUUAAGAAAAAUCACUACAUCCCCCAACUUUCUAUCGCAUCAUCCAUCCUAGAGAGGCUCAACAUGCUCAUGCUGCAUUCAGGCUUGAAAGAUGUCCAAUCAGCACUCGAGGUUCCUCCGCUUGAUAAGACGCAAAUGUUCUCUGAAUCUGCCAGACUGGAUACUUUCCACAGUUGGCCUCAUAGUGACUACAAGUGGGCUCUCCCAGAUAAAAUGGCCCAAGCUGGAUUUUACCAUCAUCCCAGUGCAAACGGGGAUGACAGGGCACUGUGCUUCUCUUGCAAUGUAUGUCUGGUUAGUUGGGAACCUACUGAUGAACCAUGGUCUGAACAUGAGCGUCAUUCUCCAUUUUGUCCUUUUGUUCGUGGUGAACAUACUCAUAACGUUCCUCUCAGUCUUUCCUUUGCUACUGCACCCGCUUCAAGAAUUUGCAGGAAUGGGAUGGGCGCUCCUAUCCUAGGAAAAUCAUCAUGUCCAGCCGGCGUAGUUAUUGGCUAUGAUCAAGGACUUGUGGUCGUGUGGGAAAUUGUCAAGCAAGCAAAGGAAUUGGUGCAAAUUGAAGUGACUGCUAAAGCGAUUGCACAAGCAAGUCAGCUCAAGGACUUUUCUAGUUAUUGCGACGUAGCCCUCAAACCAAAGGAGGCUUGGGUGAUGGACACUUCAGAAACGUUGGGAAGUGACGUUUCUCACAUUGCCAAAGAGUCCCUCGAAAACAAUGUAACGAGUAGAGAGAAAGUCAUUCUACAUUCUGUGGCCCUCUUGGGAUGUCCAUCCACAAAUGCUGAGAACAAAUCUGCAGAAAACAAGCCCGUCCCUCCAUCCCUUGUCGUGGGUGGUAUCAUCCUCCGUUCAAGUCAAGCAUCGCCAUUCAUUGUGGUGUAUGAUCUCGGUGUCAAUGCAGCUCACUUGAGUGUCAAUGAAGAUUCUGGAACAAAACCUAGUGACGAUUUUUACACGAGCUCAGGAAGUACAGGAACGAAGCAGGAAUCCCAAGCAUUUGACGACGAUGCUUUCACCUCAUACAUUUCAGAGGCAGAGCUCAUGUCAGACUCAGUAAGUAUUUUCUCUGACCUCAACAUGUCCGAUUCGCAUGGAUCCUGUCCUGGUGCGUUUCUCGAGUUUCCUGUCGUGAUGGGAGCCGCUGAAGUCCCACCCUCACCCACUUCCCAACAGACAAUCAGUCAGCCUCCGAUCGCGUCCUCAAUUCCUGGAUUUCUUCAAAAGAAAAAGAGUGCUGCCAAGAAGAUUAGUGCAGCGGCGACGGGCCUCCCUCCUCCCUCCACCACCGUCGUUACUAAACAAGAUAAAAAGAACCCAACGACCGUGCUCAUCCUUCAAUCUGUCCCGUUACCUGGUCCAGAAGGGGCUUGGAAACACGUUGUCAUCCAAAAAUUGCUUCCCACUCCAGACGGAGCCCAACUUAUUGUGAUACUUGGAGAAGGGACCAUGCCAGUCUCUGGAGACAAGAAGCAAGCUUCAAGAUCGGAGCAACAACAAGAACAAGCUGUCGGUGCAAUCAUUUCUUACAAAAUUUAUGCAGAUAUUACUUCCGUACGAGUAUCCAAUGAUAAUUCCUGCAUUCGAAAACUCACAUCGAGGGAAGAGUUGGUGGUCGGAACAUGUUUUGUGCCCCCUGAUAAUACCCACUCCUUACUCGGCACGGCACUCAAAAGUGGUGAAGUAUGGCUCUUGAAAACUCUAGAUCUCAGCGUGGUCAGUGUGAUAAAACGACCCGGAAGUGAGCUUCGUGUCACCGCCAUUUCAUAUGUUUCAAGUUUGGAACGGCUUUGUUGUGGCACAUCUUCUGGAACUUUGGAGUUUUACCCAGUCAACAUCCCUUCCGACGAAGCUGAAGGUGUGGAUGUUCUAGAUGAUGAGGACGUCAAAUUAGGGGGACUAGGAGGUACCAGCACGACCUCCUCAUCCAUCCCUUCGGCUCCAACCUCAGGGGGCACUUCUACCAACGCCCAACAGGCCAACAAGUCAUCCUCGGACCUGCCGCAGCUCGCCCUCAUCUUGGAUGAUCCAACUCUACUCGUGAACCAGGCUCUCAACGUUUCCUCUCUCAAGUCACUCCUCAACCUCACAAACUUUGAAAAUAUCAAGCCGUCCUUCAGCGCAAACGUUUCCUCCUGUUGGCAAAAGGUUAUUCAAGCCCAGAAAGAAAGAAAGCAUCCCCAACAUUUACAACACAACGAGAAUGAGUUUAAUGGAAGCACAUUGACUUGGAAGUUGCAAAGAAACAAGAUUUCAAGGAAAGAACACAUUUUUGAAAUUACCCUACCAAAGUCUACUCGAGUGGGACACUUGGACCUCAAAUUCCUACUCCAACCUGGAUGCGUGGCAGCCUAUCUUCCAUCCAUCGAAAUCACGUUGUAUCGCGCUGUUCAGACCAAAUCCAGCUCGUUGAAGGAUUUGCCUGAUAUUGAGAAAAGGAUUGAUUUCGGGAGUCAGCCCAAUACAAAAAGCAACAAAAGUCCGACAAAUGAGUUUCUUACUUCUAUCCAUGCCGAGUUGGUCUGUGGUCCGUUGGACUUGGGGUCAUAUGUUGAUCUCUCUGCCACUGGUGGAACCGUGGUAAUGACCAGUCCUUCCAUGAUUCUGAGAAGAGGCCGCAACUUUUAUCUCCACAUUCGGGCCAAGAAUUUAGGCAAAUUAGAAGAUUCCUCAUCAGUGUUGACUUCUACAAAUCCUCCCUCUGUAACCCCAAACUACAACAUUUCUGACGCAGCCACCUCCACACGGAAAAAAAUUAAUCAAGGUCUGGCUGCUGUGCUGGCUAGUCAUCAGGAAAAAAUUGCCAUGCAAAAGGCCAAGUUUCAAGGGAUCAAGACGGCCCUGAAAGGAGGAUGGGGAAAAGAAACAGUUAUGGAUAUGUCUGACAUUCUACCCUCAUUCCACCCACAUUUUGGUGCUGGACCCAACAUGAUGUCAUCCAGCAUAAUUGGUCCUCAUAAACCUAGCUCCUGUCCAGGAGGCGGGGAUUCUUCUUCCGGCGGCGGUGGUGGAGUGAUUGGAAAUCCUGAGGACAAACGAAGAGAUUACACGGGUUGCGAUUGGAUCAAUGAAAUCUCCAUUACAAUUCGACAAGUGAAACCCACGUCACAUCGCAAUGAAGAUUAUGAACGGAAAGCUUUGCUCAUGUCAGAGCCUGUAUUUCUCAAUCUAUUAAGAAUUGCGGUUCUUGAGUCGGACGACAGUUGCUACGCCUCGCAGUCGGCAGCCUUAGACUUACUCGUUUGGAUUGCUGCUGUGAAUCUCUGUGGCCCUCCAGUCGGAUCCAUGGCCUACCAGAUCAAAUUCAUCAGAGCUGUGCAAGACAAGCUGGAAGCGUUAGUCAUGCAAGGGAUUCUCAUGGCUGAUCGCUCAACCGCUCACAAAUGUGCCAAACUGCUCGUCCUUUGCAUAGAAGCGUCCGAGAACUUCCACAGCAGCGAAGAAGUGAACUUUUCAAAAUCUCUCCUACAUGGACUUUUAAACCUUCUCCAGUAUAUCGUCUCCUGCUACUCUGCGGGCUCCUUGCAAUGGUACUUUCUCCUCCUGAACAGAGUGAGGGGCGAAAAUCUAGGACUUGCGAGCGACUCACUUCUAGGAAUUUUGAAAGACGUGUCGGCAGAGCUCAAAAAGAGAACGGAUCCACUCCAUUCCUUACUUAGGACAAGAUUUGGACUAUAUGGAACGCCGUUCGAGUCGGAACUAUUUGAAUUGGAAAUUCCGCCCGUUACCAAAUCGUACUCUCAUCCCCUCACGUAUGCUGGUUUGUACGGAGCUGAAGUUUUGCAAAAUGCAGUGGGUUCCGGAACAUUUCAUCUUUGGGGACUCAAGGACGUUGAUUUUCGAGACCUUUUAGUGGGCAAUCCGCUUAAUGUCAAGUGGGGAAAGAUGGGCUCACUAUCGCCAAAACAGCAAAUCCAAGGACUGCUAGAAGUUGAACCCCUUCAUUUCACAUGUCACGCAGCCUCGGAUGGAACUCGCAUUGAAAAAAUUGAUUUAGGAAUCACGUCUUCCUCGUUUUCUACCGUUCCCCUCCCCUCACCGUACGAGCCAUUUACCAACCUCCAAACUGGGGAAGGGUCCAAAAAAUCUGAACUCCAGCCCGAUAAAAUGGAACACAUGAUGAUGUUGCAGAAGGCUCUCAAAAUGGACGGCUCUGACGUCAUGUUUGAUUAUAUUGACAAUCUCAAGUUUAUGGAGAAUUCCGCUUACGGUGGGACCAUGGUGGAGCUACCCUACUCUAACAAUCCCGACCUGCUCGCCGCCCUGUCCCAUCACGCAGGUCAUCUACCCGGAAAUGUGCUCACGAUGGUGAUGAAGCCCGGUGGAGGAGUGACACACCAGAGCAGUAGCUCUGGUGGCAGCGGCGGUGGUAAAAUUACAUCUAUCUACUCGCCAAUAUUUCAAUCGGUUGGGAUGCCCACGCUCUCACAUUACACGUCAUCAUCUCACAUGGCUGGACCCCCUCACGCCAUGCUUCCUGCAUCACAACCAUUUCCACUGCCCCCACCACCCCCACCUGGCCCAUCAAAAUCAUUAUCUGCUGGUGCCCUUAGUAGCAGUGGUGCCAUUUCCUCCAGUGUUACCACUGCCUCUGCUACAACGACGACGACGGUUGCAGCAGCGAUAGCUUCUGCGCCCAUCUCCUCAUCUUCGAAACAAUCCAUACCAGUUUCAGCAGCCACAGCAGCAAUAGCGUCAACUAGCUCAUCUUCACUUCCGCAACAAAAUUCACCCGAUAAUGACGGGCUGCGCCUUCUUCUCACCCCUUGGCAGCAAAUGAUGUAUGUCCCUCCGCAACAGGCCAUCGUGAUAGACCGCAUGCAUUCAGGAGCUAGAAGAUUCGUCGUGUUGGACUUUGGAGCCCCCGUACUUCUCACGGAUAUGAUAAUUCCGUCCUGCAGUUCCCUCGUUUCUCUAUCGAUCGAUAUUUGGCUCCAACGUGAAGAUACUGACGGGCAGCGGUUGGUCGUGGCGUCGGACAUUGGACUAAGAACUUUGGUUGUGAGCGACCUUCAACCAGCCGCAAUUUGUCGAUAUUUAAAGAUUACUGUGAUUGGCCGGUAUGGAAUGGGGACAACAAAGUGUCGGAUCCCAUUGGGUCUCUUUUACGGCCACACGACCCUUUUACCCAACGAUAUACCGGGAGGACUAGCUCAUGGACCCACGCCCCCAGAGGUGGCCAUCCUGACUCCAGUCAACGUGCAAACCCAUCUCUCAGUCUUGUCCUACCUCUUGGAGGACAUUGGGUGUCGCUACCAGCUGGCCUGUGCUAAACUGAGAAGACUCUUGGAACCCCUGCUCAAGCCGGAAAUAUCCUCCAUCGACCACAUCUCCUACUACUUACCCAAAGGGAAAGAGAGGAACAAAUUGGGACUGAAUAACUGUACGGAUCAAACUAUUCUAGCAGCAUAUCAGGAAUGCAUAACGCUUCAGCAACAACUGAACGUGGCCAAGAAUGUUGUAAGACGGUUGCAAAAGUCACUCGCACCUUACUCGCCAGCCUCCCUCAAAGUUUUCGAAGCUCUGUCGGAAAUAUCGACGGACAAGGCUCAUCUUCUCUCAGAAUUUCUCAUUGAAACCCUACUCGGAAUUAGCUUUCUGGCUUCAAAUGCCCCCCUCGGACCCAAUUUGAUGCCCUACUCGAUGUACUCGCACAUGAACCAAGAAGUUUGUGAAGCCUUAUUUCAAAAUAUUUGCGUUCUGGAGAACGGUCAGUGUCAGUUGUCAACGUGCAUGUUGAUGCUUCGCGUAUGCGGAUUUCAGUCCUGGUGGGGCAAGUUUCUCGCCUCCACGCUCAAAUCCCUCUUCUCUUCAGGAACCAAUUGUCUCUUCCCUCAGGACAGGGUGUUUAUACUUCUCGUAUAUCUGGGACAAAAGUCGUUGCUCAGUUGGCAGAAUUCCCAUGUUUUGGAAAGUGCUCUUGAACUUUUGGUCGACGUUCUUUCUCCAGUUGAGAACACGAAAGGAUUUUUGAGUUCCAAGCUUGACAUGACGCUUCUAGGUUGGAUCGUUAUGUACCUUUGUCUCUGUUUGGACGGGGUCAACUGUACCCUGGCCACUGACGGGUUAAACUCUACAGGUGGAAAGAAGGAGAAGGAUGGGAAAGACGUUAACUGUGUUUCUUCUCGAUGGGACUGGAGAAUUUCGUCGCGAUGGGACUUUAUCCAAGGAGAAAGUGCUCUUUACCGAAGGAUUGCGGGGUCCAAUAAGCCACAAGAAUACAGCGGAUUUCGGAGACGAAUUCAAAAGAAAAUGUUGGCCACGAAGCAAAAAUUGGAAGAACUUGACACUGUGGCCACGGGUUUGAGCCACGUCAGUCAGGUAUACACGCAACCGCCCGUUGGUCUUGGGAUGCAGCUUUCUGCUCUGGGAAAUAAAAUUGAAGCCAUUAAACAGAAACAAGCCUCGAUAGGAAAGAAUAUAAAACUCCAGUCUUCCAAACACUUUAAAGACUUGUUGCAAAUGCGACGGUCUGAAAUGAUGUUGAAACGAAGUUCUGGUCAUCAAAAGGAUGGGAAAGAUGAGAACAAUCCAUCUUCAGACGUUGAGAUUAAUCUUAAUCUAGACCCAAAGUUGUGCCUUCAAGUAGCCAAAAAUUUGGGGCUGUUGCUUCUCCGUAUGGAUUCCACAUGCCAUUCCGACGUAUUUCUCAUCACAUGUAAAUCUCUUGCCCGCAUCGCUACCGCCUGCCGGCCUGCAAUUUCCAUCGGCUCCAUCUUCAACAGUGAAGGACUCAUUAAUCUCAUCCUGAACGCGGUCGGAUCGGACUUUAUUCGACAGAAGAAUUGGAGCUCGUCCUGGGUUUCACAUGCUGUGAUGUGCCUCAUUCAAGAUAUUUUGGAAGGAGAGAAACUGUUCCCUUCAAAAAAUGGUUCAAAAUUAAGAGAGACAGAGACUGCCAACCUGUAUGCUGAAGACAUUAUGUCUGGCGUAGACGAGAGUAGUAGUUCCACCACUCCGCCCGACACCAUCUCUGGAACUGUCGCAGAAGACAUAUUGAUGGAUGAGGUGGAUGCAGAACAAGAGCAGGCAAAUGACCCUGUGGCAAUGGACGUGUGUUCCUCUGGCGAAUCUGAUGACAGUGAGAUAGACGAGCUAAGUGUUCAUUUCUGUGUCCCUGGAUCCAACGAAUUGACGAGCAAGCCAAUGCCUUUGCCAAAGAAAAAUAACUCGAGCUCCUCGUCGGCUAAGAGACUCGCCCCAUGUGCCACAAGCGUAUCUACUGCACUGGACGCCAGACUUGAGAACGGGGUGGAGAGCACGACGGAGAUUAGACUACGAAUGAUGGCUGUCGUGGAUUCCGAAGUGUUGAGCCAGUCACUGAAAGCUGCGAUCGAGGUGCCGAGUGAAGUGCUCAAGAAUGCAAACGCCACUGCUGACACGCCGGAACCGCCCGCCUAUGUCCUGCCUCCUCCCCCAAUCCAGUCCAGUCACCUCUUGUCCGAGUGUUUUGAAAAGAUUUUUCAAAUGAUGGCUUCCGAAAAUUGUUCCAUUAGCAUUGAGAAAGUUCUCCAGUUGUGGAUCAGUAUUAACGUCGAACUGGGCGGCAUGAUGGGCGACAGCCACGAAGUGAAACCCGUGGUCCCCCUUUCUUCAGCCUCAGUCUCCUCCCUCAUGAUGGCCUUUACAAAGAACUCGGGGAUUGGGGUUCAAGAGUGGGGCCUUGCUUUCCAGUGUUUAGGACUAGUUUCUAAUCAAUUGAGCCUCAACUCGACUGAUGGCAUGUGGCUGUACAUCAUGAGCGACAAGUGUUUCCCGGAAAUGAUUCUUCGCUUCAUUUCUGGUACUGGGAUGCACCUGCAGAAAAACCACAUUGUUUCUGCCGGCCCAACCGUUUGUCAACAUUUUUACAAUUUCCUCCUCCGUCUUCGCCACUUGAGUGCGGACACGCCUUGGACUCCAUGUCUAAAGGAAAUCCUGCUUCGCGUGCUUAGUCUCUUUCUCUCUGGUCCAUUUGUUACCACAGACUUCCCCAUCGAUGCGUUCAACAAGUUCUUGGAUCGCCUUACCUGUCCCGACCUUUCAUACGUCAAUCCUGCCACUAUAAUUAGUCUGAUGCAGCAGUUGGCUCAAAUUCUUCAUCAAUAUAUUUUCUGUCCAAACAAGCUAAAAGUGAAACCGGGUGGUGAGAUGAAAUCUCUUCAUUCCACGUGUUCCUCCACUAACAAUGGAAAUGGGGACACGAAGCCAGCCAAACCACAAACGUUCGACCAUGUCAUGUUUAGAUUAAUGUCCUUUAUGGCAUCCUUUGUGAGCCUUCCCUACAAAACUACAUCAACGUCUGAGAAGACUGUACAAGAGUUUUUGAGUCAGAUGUCAAAGUCGUUCCAGUUGACCGAGUAUGAAAAUGCCUUGGUACACUAUGUGGCAAAAUGUGGUGAUAGUCAGCCAAAAACCAUUGCAGAUAUUGUUCUUCAAAUGGAGUCGACCAUGAUGCGUAUAAUGUCCGUACUUGCCAACCCCAACAACAUCAACGUCCUUGUUAGUGGUGAUUUAGUGAGUGCCUUCAACAUCAUGGAGACAUCAGUCCCAGCCACCGUCGUCGAUGCUGUGAUCCAUCUCUUUUGCAAGAUACAAAACAGCGCUUCCCAGUCCAAAUGGUUGAUAGAGCCAAUCUUUAGAUUUUUAGCGAAAACCCCGUAUGACGAUUUUUGCUGUCCCUUUAUCGUUUCGGAAACCUUUGUCUUGAUGGUGCUAAAAGUGAUUAGUCAGGAGGACAACCUCCGCCAGUUCACCGAGCUCAAAUGUGUGGAAGCCAUUUGUGACAAGUUUGUGGUGAGUGCGAGACGCUUCUUCAGCUCGUGUCCCACGUUCGUCUCCAUCCUCACUCAGUACAUUGGGCGGACUGACACAAACGCAUUAUUUGGCAUCGGUUCCAAAAAGUUGAGCAAUGAGCCGAUCGAGAUUCAAGAAGGACAAAUUAACGUUGCUCCACUUGGUUCCAUAACCUCGACAAACUUCUCUGCCCAUCCGUCCGAAGUUCUCCUCCAGUCCACCCCUCCACACCGCAGGGCUCGAACCCCGGUUUGGUCCUACCACUUCUUCCCUGAAGAGACUUACCUCGAGAUCGUGAUAUCUCUUCCCUGCGCCGUCCUACUUCGAGAAGUUCACAUCAUUCCGCACAUGACUUCUCUCUCCACAUGUCCAUCAGCCGUGAUGGUAGAAGUGUCUCGAGAUCAGAGCAACACAACCCUUCCCAUGGGCCCCCCCGUUAAUUGCAGUGGAAUGUCCAACAUUAUCAUCCAGCUGAUUCAACCGGAAGUUGCCAAGACGGUGUUGCUCCGGCUCUUCAAACCCAAGGAUUCCAGCAAUCUCGGUCUUUCUCAGAUACGACUAUUGGGCUCGACCACAUUUAGUGAGGCUGCUCUACAAGGCUUGUCAGCAGUGGACUGUGUUAAGAGUUUCGAGUCCAGUGCCCACUGGCUGUACAUUCUCGACCGAGCCAUCCAAGUCUCCGAGUCGGCUGGGAUGUUGUGUCGCCGGAUAAUCGAGACGUCUGUCAACAUUCCGGAUGUUUUAGAGUCCUGCUACUCCAUGCUCAUAGCCCCCGUGUCGAAUGGGAAAGCGCAAGACAUUUAUUUGCCGCACGUCGCUUCAGUAUUAUUUCAGUUUGGGAAUCUCCGCUACGACGUAAGCAAGCAGUUGAUGGACGCUCUCCUGGGCCCGGUGCAGAUGGGCUUCACUCAUGGAAUGGUGGCCACGAAUCCGGCGGCGGGAGGAGGUCUUUCUCAACUCAGUACUGUGGUGGAAUUGUUGUUCAAAUUGUGCUGUGACAUUCCGCAGUGGGGUCUCAACAACUUGAUGGCGAUGGUAGCAUGGUUGGAAACGUGUGCAGACAAUUCGGUUGCGAAUGUAAGCUGUUCCGUCGCUGCUCCAGCCUACUUCCAAGCCAUCGCCUCUUCCAUCUGGGAAAUUGCUUCAAUUGGAAAGACUGAUCUCAGUGAGAUUUGCACCGCAAAACUUCUCUGGAAACUGUACAAAUGGUCACUAAAACUGGAUGGGAAGUCGGAACUCAAGAUUGCGUUGGACCACGUCAUGUGCUCCAUAUGUUUCAGUAAGCCUUGGCUCUUUGUCUACCUCAUGACCCGAAUGCAAGUCUUGAAGCCGAUGGACUGGACCGAAAAGAACCAACCCAUUGAGGAUCUCAUUUACCAAUGGUAUGAAGAAGAAGCUGUCUGGGAUCGACUCCAGCUGGAAGACCUUUCCACCAUCCGAUCCACACUGACCUGGAGCAAACUCAUGACUUUGGGCAGAGCCAGCCAGUCCCCAAUGGCAUCACGACUCCUGCAAAAGUCGCAGUUUGUGGGACUCCUCAACACGGCCAUUAUGGACUUUUGGAGAUAUUUUAGUCAAAAAUGGGCCAACCCACUGGAGAUCCAAACUCAUGUCAUUUCCACCGAGUUUCUCAUUUCGAUUCUUGCCUUUUACGGCGAACUGUGUAAAAUCAACGACUUGAAGAGUUGGUUUGGGGAAGAAGGGUCUGGUUUCUGGCUUCCCAUCCUUAACUUACUGUCAUCGCUGCCAGGUGCUCUCAAGGCUGCAUUUUUCGGAUCCAACAUGUACGAGUUGGAAAGUGUAGUGAUCCAUUUUCUCUCCAAAUGUUGCUGGUCACAUCCCUCUAACCAAAAGAUUAUUGCAACUUGUUUGAGAGAAAUCAUCCUCACACAAAAGUCAUCUUCGCAUAAAGCUGUCUUUCUGCACUCCAUGUCAUCAUUCUGUCGCCGCCUCUUAAUUCAGCUCCUCCUGGAGAACGAAAAAGUUGUGGUUCAUAUCAAAAGCAGUUCCAAAUAUCCGCUCAAAUCUCCUCAGACCUCCCUCCAACUCAAGGACAAACAUCCAUCCAUGGGCGUCAACGGUGGGGAUCGACUCUUUUACAUGAGCACUCAUUCAACGGCAUAUGAGCUUAUAAGUAUCAUUGAACCGAACGGAGUGAAAUUGGAAAAGUUAGCGGUUGCCGUGUCAGAGCCAAAUAGGUUUCUAAGUCUGCUCAAGAAAGAACAAGGGUUGACAGAAGCUGGGUUGGAAAUGAUUGAUCAAAUGACGCUGGCCAUGCAAUCGGCGGCCCACGCCGUCAGAGAUAAGCGAUCGUCCUCCACGACGUCCAGUACUGCUUCUGCCGAGGCGAAACGCCCAAUCAAGAUGGCUUCGAAAAAGUUGAAACCUGAAGGUGCUCCAGACUGUAAGAGUAAUGGGGAUGGAGACAAGAUGAGAGGUCCAACUCUGAUUUUGGAAUUGGAAGAGUUCCCCGACGUCAAAAUUCCAACAAACAUGUCCAUCGCGACACUAAUGGCUGCCGUUCGUGCUCAGAAGCCGGACGCCUUUUUGGAUAGCUUAGUAUUCUUUAUCCGAUCAGACCUUGGAUCUCCAUUUAUGAACAGAUUUUCCACCACCUCCGGCGUCUCUCCAUCCCCCUCGUCCUCUAGUGUCCCCGACUUGGUGGAUCAACCAGAACAACAACAACUCUUUCCCGGAAUUGGUGAAGUACAAAACUUGAAAGAGUCAGCGACCACGAUCAUCCCAGGAGUAUUUCGCAUACCGCCACUCCCGUCAACUGUGGAAGUGUUCAGUAUGUUGGGUGGUCUAGGAUUGCUGGCUAAGCAUCUGCCUAUCGUCUACCCCGAAACUUUGCGACAAAUCGCGGUUGGGAGUAAGUUUACGGGAACUGUGGGCGUAGUGAUGAACAUGGACAAGGAAAGCCCUGUCAUGAUGAACGACAAUGACUGGGUUAAAAUUGAAGCUGCGGAUGACUUUUAUGACGAAAUGUUAGACUCCAUGGUCGCCUCAACCCCACUGGCCAAGAGGGCACCUGGGAUUCGACAGAUUAGCGUGACUCCAGGAAUUCCACCCCACUCAAUGGCAGCCUUCGGACUCUUUCUGAGCCUACCGAGGUUCUCAGAGAUCCUUCUGGGCGAAAGAGUGGGAGCGCAGUGCAUGCUUCGACUUGUAAUGGGAGUAACGGACGAUGCGGAUGGAAAUGACAUUUUUAAUUCUGCCGUUGCCAAAACUCUGCCAACCUUGCCUUUCCAAGUUCUCCGUUGUUUAUUGGACGCCCUUCCCAUUCACUCAGAGGAGGGAAGGACUCUGCGACGAGUGAUGGUGGACUUACAUGCCACGCACUUCAUUUUAGCUUGUCUAGCCAUAUUCACACAUCAAAAUUGUGACCCUGUCCUAGUCCCUGGCUUACAACAUGAGCUCGUCAUCGCUGCUACAAAAGCGCAAUCAGGGUACUCGGACGGCAAUAACAAAUCGACCACUGCUACGUCCAAGUCUGACGACAAGUCACACGUUUACUGGGCCAAGGGCACUGGGUUUGGAACAGGUUCUACGGCGCAAAGUUGGGAUGUUGAGAUGGCGAUUCAGAAAAAGAAGAACGAGGAGGAGAACGUGACCUGUCUCCUUCACCUCAUGUCCAGCUACAUCAACCCCAAAAUAUCCAGAAACAACGUCGCCGCCGCCACCACCAACACCACGACGGCUGGUCCCUCUUCUUCAGUAGAACAGCAGUCGCAGACAUCUCUUCCCUUACCCGACGUGGUCAUUGAUCUCUUGCGAAGCUCGUGCCUCUUCACGGCCAUUGCUGGCUAUCUGCGGAACGACUCUGUGUUGGAUAUGUCUCGACACGUCCCAUUAUACAAAGCUGUGCUAGAGUUUCUUCGUGCCCUGGUCUCCAGCCCCCAACUCCUCCCCCUACUUGCUCCAUGGGAGAGAAAGUCCUCUUCUGGAAAGUCGGGUGCGGACGAUCAAUGCAUUUCCAAUCUGCUCAGCAAAAUGAAAGAUGUCGUAGACAACUACUCGAAAAGACUGACAAAUAACCUAAAGGGGAAAGGAGGAAAGAACAAGUCGACAACAAAGUUACUGGAAGAAUUGGACGACGAAGGUCUUGCCAUCCUUAUCCCAGAUAUUCAAAUGACUGCGAUACUUGUAGAGAAAGCGGUAAGCGAGUUGGUGCUUAAGCGUUGUCCAGAAGACAUUGAAAUGAUGGAUGAUCCAUCCUCCCUUGCAAUUCCAUCCACCAGAACUUUGGAGGAACGAUAUAUUGAUGAAAUGAAAAAGUUGCAAUUCGCCUUUUAUGAAAUUAUUACUGACGACGAGGACGGUGGAGGAACUGGAGGAAUUCGAUUUUCAGUUCCUUACCAUUAUGAAAGCAACGUAAGGACAAACUGGGCUCGAAGCUCGGCUGCCAGACUUAAGCGUUUAGCCCAGGAAAGUGUGACGCUGUCGUCAUCCCUCCCUAUCGCUUACGGAAGUGCAAUUUUUGUUCGAAGCGAUAAUGAUCGGUUGGAUGUCAUGAAGGUGCUCAUAACCGGCCCCUCUGGAACUCCAUAUGCUAACGGAUGCUUUGAGUUUGACGUGUUUUUUCCCAAUGACUACCCCCAGUCUCCCAUGAUGAUUAAUUUAGAAACGAACGGACGACAGCGAGUCCGUUUCAACCCAAACCUGUACACGGAUGGGAAGGUUUGUCUCAGUAUCCUCAACACGUGGCACGGCCGUCCCGAAGAAAAGUGGAACCCGCAAACAUCUAGUCUCCUCCCCGUCUUGGUCGCUAUUCAGUCUCUCAUCUUGAACGCUGAGCCAUACUUUAAUGAGCCGGGAUACGAAAAGAGUCGAAACACGGAACAGGGAGAAAGAAACAAUCGUGAGUACAAUGUUGGCAUUCAAAUCGCUACCGUGGAGUGGGCAAUGCUCGACCAAUUGAGACAUCCAUCCGCCUGCUUUAAAGAUGUGAUCCAACGUCACUUUUGGAUGAAGCGAGCCGAAAUCAUUGCCCAGUUGGAUCAAUGGAUGGAAGAAGUAUCCGUGACAUGUCGCAGUGAUAAGCGAGCUGGAAAGAGUGUGACUGGUUCUGCAGACCCUGUCACCGUUUAUAAGAAUAAUUUCACCAUGUUAAAGAAAGAAUUUAUGAACAUGCAACCUCCACCAGGAUUGGAGGACUUGGGUGACUUGUUUCCCGAAGGACUCCAAGCCCCGUCUUGUUCUUCCUCCGCAUCCGCUCUCAUCAGGUCGGCAAGUAACCCCACAGGGAAUUCUGCUGCAGAACAACAAUUACCGCCGCCCGCCACGCCAACAACUGCUCCUCCGCCCGAACCCGUGAAGUCAGCGGCGGAUGAAGACGAGAAGAUGAGCGUUGACGUUUAACAAAGUGUUAAAUCUUAUUUAAUCUAUUUGAUUACGCAGCGUAAUCAUCAUCUAUUAUAACUUAUUUAAUUAAUUUAUUACACACUAUUUAUACUCAAAGUAUUACGCUAGUGUCCACUGCUGUUCUGAGAACUGAGCAGCUGCCUUACUAAUAAUUAAUUCAUUAAUUUAGACUCGAAUGAGUAUGAUUGAAGGAGACAUGUUUAUGAUGUAUUUAAAUACUGGAUGCUAAUGAAGGAAUAAAAGUUUGUGAUACAUA